AUGGCUCACAAUAUGACUAGCGUCAUCAACGACGAGAUCAAGAGCCGCAACGCUGAAAUCUCAUCCAUUAACAAGUUCAUCCAUGCCAACCCGGAGCUCGCCUACGAAGAGCACAAGGCCCACGAUGCAUUUGUUUCGGCUCUUCAGUCGCUCGGUUUCGAAGUGACACCCCACGCUUUCGGCCUCGAAACCGCCUUCUCCGCCGAGUACGGUUCCGGCGGCCGGUUAGUCAUCUACAAUGCCGAGUACGACGCCCUUCCGGGAAUUGGCCAUGCCUGUGGACACAACCUCAUCUCCUCCUCCUCCUUCGCGGCCUUCCUCGGCGCCGUGGCCGCUCUCAAAGCCUCGGGUCAGCCCGGCCGCGUCCGCCUACUCGGCACACCCGCGGAGGAAGGGGGCGGUGGGAAACUCAAGCUCAUCGAGAACGGUGCCUUUCGCGACGCAGCCGCCUGCCUAAUGGUUCACCCAGGCCCAGGCCACAACCUCACCGCUCCCAUCCGCGGCGUCGCCUUCGUCAACAUGCUCGCCAACGUCAAGAUGCGCGUACACUUCACCGGCCGCGAGUCGCACGCCGCCAUCGCCCCCUGGGAGGGUGUCAACGCCCUCGACGCCGUCUGUCUCGGUUACACCGCCGUCAGCAUGCUGCGCCAGCAGAUCCGGCCCUACGAGCGAGUCCACGGUGUCUUUCGCGCGGCGGGCAACCGGGCCAACGUCACGCCUGCUGACUGCACGGUCGAAUACUACUGCCGGAGCGCGACCAAGCGCGGGGCUGACGCGCUCUGGGCCCGCGUGGAGAAGUGUUUCGAGGGGAGUGCCAUUGCGACGGGGUGUGAGAUGCGCGUGGAACCGCUCAAUUCGUACGCGGAUGUGCGCCCGAGCAGGGGGUUAUGUGAAGCAUAUGUUGAGGCGAUGCCUGCGGGGACGGUGUCGUGGAACGAGCCGGCGGAUAUCUUGGGGGGCAGCACCGAUAUGGGCGACGUGUGCUACCAGUGCCCCGGUUUCCAUGGGGUUUUUGGGAUUGGCACGAAUGAGGGCGAGUCAAACCACACUAAGGGGUUUGCCGCGGCUGCUGGGACUGAAGAGGCGUAUGAGCGGGCGUUGGAAUGCGGUAGAGGCAUGGCCGUGGUCGGGUGGAAAGUGUUGUCUGAUGAUAAGUUCGCGGAGAGGCUUAGGAGUGAGUGGGAGACGGAUAUGAAAGACGCUGCAGAAGGCAAGACUGCAUCCGCAUAA